UUCUCGAGGACUUUGUGGAAAUGUUCUGUGAUAAAUGUUGUUUUUCACUUAAAACUAACUCGAAAACUCAUUCCGUAAAAGUUGCUGAGGUACGGAACAAAGUGGCCCACUACCGAAAUCAAAGUUAUCAGGCGACUUCAUCGUUCGUUCUUAUCACGUAGCUUAUCUUGUUUGGUGACGAAAAUACGCGGCCCGAACAAGAUGCAUACGUACAGUGUACCGGUUAUUAAGCAUGAUAUGCGCCACGAAGAAACUGUCCUGGAUGCUAUCAAUGCGUUGGAAUAUUUGAACGAGGUUGUUAACGACGUGUUUGGGAAGAUCAACGGCCGAAUCGAGCGUAACCGGGAACGGCUACAGGCACUGGAUGCGCGGAUCGAGAAGGCAAAGGACGAUGUGCGCCGGCUGCACGAUGCCAAGGAGGCCAUCAUCAUCUACUCACCCAGCCGAUAUCCGGCGAGCGAUAUGGAGGCAACCGUUGAGCCGACCUUCACUGCAACGAAUGGGAUUCGCAUGCCGGAAUGUAGCUACCGGUUGAAGGAUAAACCGUACCAACCUUCCCAUUCGCUACAGGAGAAGAUCCAGUUCUAUCACGUCAAAACCGUGCGAGAUGGUUGUGAGCGAAUCUUUCCCUUCGAACGAACCACGAAGGCGCAUCGCCUAGGCAACCGAGAACGGCACCAGACGGCCUACCUUGACGAGUUGCUACUGUACGGCGAUGGGGCGUACGUACGGGAGUACAAGGGUCAAGAUUGGAAGCGUUCGACCCUCCGCAAAGGGUCGGUGCACGGGAACGUGAUACGCGAAGAGCGUAUAAUGUCCACCUCGUCACCGAUGAUUCGCAGCAAAGUGAAGAAGAAAACGCAGGAUCUCUUCUACACACCAUCCCUGAGCGACGCACCGAAGCUGGACGUGCCCAUCGAUUUGCCCGAUUUGCCAGGGAUCGUUAGCAACAUCAAUUACGUCGGAAGCAACACGCUGAUAGCUCCUUCGCUUCAGCUGGCGGGCAUCAUUGAACAGUUGCCCUCGCUGGAAGAUUUGACCAGUGCGAUCGAUGUGGCGGACCAUCAUAUGGAUGCAACGGUGAAGGAGGUCAAACCCACCACUGAUUCCGUAAGGCCAUCCGCCAGUGAUCAGGAGAAGCCCAAAACGGUAACAUCAAUCGUUAGUCCUUCUACUGCCUCUGCUGCAGCGGCUCCAGCGCCGCCUCCACCACCACCGCCACCCCCGCCACCACCUUUACCCCCAGCUUCAACAACAGUUCCCAGUGGAAGCACCGAUGAUGCCGUUCUGAAGCCGGUCGCAGAAAAGCGCCUCACACCGGCAGCACCGCCGGUUGCUGAUGCUCACUUUAACCUUAUGGAAGCUAUUCGAAAAGCUGGCGGUGCCGAGAAAGCGAAACUACGCCACAACACCUCAGCACAAGCGGACACACCUAACCGCCGGCAGCAAUCUUCGUCGACGGAGCCAAAAAGUCUCAUCGAUGAUCUGCACAACAAGCUGCAGAUGCGCCGCAAGGGCAUAUCGGGAGCACGCGAUGCUCAGGAUGGGCAGGUUGCCCCGGUAACGAACGUAAUCGAUCGUCUAUCCGCUUUAAUACCUCCUCCGCCUGCUAAGCUGCCCGUCGCUUCUGGUAGCGACAGCAAUGAGGAGGAGGAAGAAGAUUGGGAGUGAAUCCCUUGGUGUUGCCGUCGAGGGUGGUCAAUUGAAAGAUUCCGUUUUGUUUCGUUACGUUCAUAUAUUAUUAUUAUUCUUACCGAAUUUAUAAUUAUUAUUAUAAACCGAAACGCCUAUAUUCGCCGAUGAAUCUGUUACACCGUGUGCCUAUAAUCCAACCACACGUUCUGUCGUUAAUAAACACGAAAAAACGAAAAACCGUUUUCAUCUGACUCCGUGCGUGCGUGGGAGUGUGUACAGGAUGCGAUGAAGAAGCACGGGAUGGGCGAAGGAUAGGGGUGCGAUUUAUAUGGGUUUAAUUUUGAAGUGCAAG